GACACCUCACCCUCUUCAAGAGUUUCUUUGCUAUUCUGGAUCUUAGUCGCCGCUGCCGCAGCAUUGAUUCUUGUGGUGGGGGCUUUGUUAUUUCUUAUCCACGCAAAGCACAGAAAGGCUGGAUUUAACGUCAACAAAGAAGUUAGUAAUCCUAUAAAACAACAACAACAACCGGUAGACAGUUCAUUUUUUUUAACCAGCAUUUACACAAGCGAGUUUUCUCAAGUCCUAUGGUUUGACAUUAACGUUGGUCUUCUUCACAAGGAAUAAAGUUGAUGAAUGUUUAACAAUUAUUCCUCGAGCCCGAAUGGGCUCUGAGUCAAUAGCCCAGGCCUAAGGCCGGAUGGGCUAUUGACUCAGAGGCCAUGAGGGUGAGAGGAAUAGUUGUUUUAGAAAAAUCCAACUAGUUCGUAAAAAAAAUCGAGACAAAGCAACUUUAGCAAAACGCGAUUCAGCCGCCAUUGUGUUGGUUUUCAAAGCUUUUCCCCACUAGUAGGCUAUAACAUAUAGCCUAGUAGUAGCUCAACCAAUCAGAACGCAGCAUUGAUGAUAGACCACUAGCUAGUUGGAUUUAAUUAAUUUCUUACAGUCAAUUGUGUAUAUUUGCUCGGGACUGUUAAAGGGACUUUUAGAAGUGUUUACCUUUCAAUUUUCUCUUCUACAAUAUUAUAGUAUCGUCCAGAAAGUCCUCAUUUUUCCUCUGGGGUUGAGCACUUUUGCUGGAAAAUGUCUGUCAGAUGUGAAAUAAUACAUAACAGAGUCUCAAUACGGUGGUUGGAUGCCUUUUUGUAUACAUUGGUAAUGGUGUAAAUAGGUAGAAAGUACACAUGUAUUAUGUCUUGUUUGCAAUUGUGUACAAAAACUACAAUGGCUACCUUAUUUUUUUUAGAAGUAUUAUUUAAAUUCUCUUUCUUUUUCCAGGUCCCUUUCCUUCUCCAGGAUUACAAUCGUUUGUCUGAGUUCUUCAUACUUUGGUCUGUGGACGUUCAUGAGCAACAGUUUCGUUUGUUUCCUAAUUAGUUUUCUCCAAAUGUUACUUUUACAAACAGAUACACUUCCAAAAUAACCGCGGGAUCGUCCCUCUAUACCCUUACAUACAAACACGUCCCCAACAGGACGGAAGCGCGCAUUCUCUCAUAAAAACAAACAUCAUGAUAAAGAAAAAAAAUAUCAUAACAUUGGAGACGAACGCGGCCAGCUGCAGAGUGUAGCUCACGGUGACAGGAAAUAAAACACAACAUGCUACACAAUGAAGUCGCAUGAAGUUUAAUAUUUCGUUUUCCGAACACCGUCGCUUACAAAACAAAGCAAAAUUAUGGUUAUCAACAGUGUGUACAAGACUUUCUACGCCUAAAUAUACAGUAAAUAUGAACUAAUCUUUCAACUAUCGGCCGGACUCCUAUUUCAGUUUCGCUUACCAGCUGCAAGAGAAGAGAGUAAAGACAGCAAAAACAGAAAAAUGCAAUUUUCUGUACUCACGAAGUGCACCUUCAUUUUUUCCAUAUGCAAAGUCGACGACGCUUUCACGAACAAGAAGCGAUAAAAAAUUUUCAUCAGAACGAAAAAAAAGUCGUAUUUGAUAUUUUGUGCAAGAAUGAAUAAGCUACAAGAAAAUGCACUUUAAAACCUUAUACAAGCCGAGACCACCUUAUAUCACGGCAAAACUGUACCUUGACUGAAUUCUGAAAAGGUGAAAUAUUGUUUUUAAAGGCGUUGUGUUGAUCGCUUCGUUAAAAUCACAGCACCGUUGCGAUUUGUGCCAGCAGGCCUUAAACCCAAACAACAGUCUUCGUUGUGUUCAGUGACGCAGAAUUUGAAGGCCUUGGGCGAGCAAGGUCUCGCAAAUAGCCGUCACAAUGACGUGUAGAAUUUUCGUUCGCCGUCCGCCACUUUGAAAAUCGAAUAACGGGAAUAACCCCAGAGUUUUAAUGCGCAUGUCCAGCCGUUUUUAAGCCCUGUCGGCCGUUGUAGAGAGGUUCAAAUAAAGAGUUAAUGUAUGGCCUGUCAACCGGGACAACGGGAGAACGGUGGCCGUUUGUGAAGGUUCGACCGUAGUUCUAAUAAAUGUUUUCUCUGUAAAUGCAAAGUGUUGAUAAAAAUCCCGAAACACACUCAAUUUAAAUUGAUCUUCGCCCCAAUCUGAUAAUUUUUUUGUAAAAAAUCCGUUUUACUCAGUUUUGCUGGUGCGGGUCAGUUACCUUUUACAAUUUUUUUGUUUAAAUCAAGACUGAUUGGCCUUUUUUUUACAGAAACGCACCCUGCUAUACGAAGGUUGAACCUGCAGUAACUACGACGGGCAGAACUUGGUUUUGCUGCAGUUAUGGAAUUGUUGUUGAUUUUUGUCGCUCGAGAGUGCUCGCUAGCAGCUUAAAUUUUUGAACGCAAUAAGACAAAAUUCCCACUACUGUCCUUUAACCUAUCCUUUGAUAGGUUUUCUGACUGCUUCUUAGUUUAAAACAAUAAAUUACGUCUCAGAGACUGUGAAAAGCGCAGCAAAACCCACGCUGGCACGCGCGUCGCUUUAAAAAUUAUUGGCGGGAAAUUGAAAAGUGUGCCUUUAAAUUGAGUACAAUGUUACUAUUACCGGUUUGCCCUUUAAAUUAAAAAAAACAUUGCGAAACUGACAUGUCCAUCGUGCCAACAUCAUUUUCAUCAAAGGGUAAUUUAUCGAGGCAUUUUUCAGUCUAUCGAGGUCAACGCCCAGACCUUCAACCAGUUAUCACGAGAAGGAUGCCGUGAACUUUUUUUACAACGAAAUUUUCAGUCCCUACCACAAAAAGGGCAAGAAUUUGGGAAUUAUUUAAUCAUCUGUCAGGCGAUGAAUUGUUGGAGUUUGCUCUUCCCCGAGUUAAAAAAAUGUUACCGACCAAGACGUUUGUGUAUAAAAAAUGUAAAAAAAAAAGGUGAAAUCGUCGAGGAGGCUGUUAAGGAAGAAUUGACUUAGCUAUGUGUCAACUUAUACAAGAGGUUUCCCUCUCUCCCUUGUGACCUUGUCGCUUCGAGAAAAACUAAGGAAGAUUGGUUUACCCCAGAACGCCGAUGGCUGCGAUUUCUCUAUGACAGAAAUGAUCCAAAGUCGCUGUUAGAACAUUUAAUUGUUCAAAAUGAAGUCCAAGCAUGUGAAACAAUGAUGAAAAGUUACAACGGUUAAGUUGUGAAGAACACUUUUAUGCCGCUGUUUCUCAAAAAAGAACCACGACGCUUUUCUUGAGUUUGGACUGGGUCAUGAUUGUGUCUUCAUUUAGCAUCAGCCAAAACUAUGUAAAUUCUGUUUUUUUUAGGGGUCAUUGGGGAAAACAGUUGGCGGAGAAAACUGCUCUGAAUCCAAUUCUCUCAAGGUAAGAAAGUAUAUACCUCCACGAAAUCCUGGCUGAUACCUAAUUUAUAUACAAGGUCCUAUGUUCUCACAAAAAUGUAUGAGGUAGCUUGAGGACUGGGACAAAGAGAAUAGAUCAGUACACUUCUGAUGAGGCAGUAGAUAGGUGUUAUAAUUAUUAGCAAACCAUGAAUGUAACAAUUUAGAAAUAAUUCAGCAUGGAUAAGUUUCCUUAACUUGAAAAUACCUUUACAAUGGAAGUCACUGAAAUUUAUCCUACUCUUAACUUACCAUACUGUAAGUUUUGGUACUUGAUUAAUUUAUAACAUAUCUAGCUGGAUUUUCGAUAACGUUAUUGCUGAAUGGCCCUUUUCCGUCCAACAAAGUAACUAUUAUAAAAACGAAGAGUGCAAUCAGUGCUUUUUUUUCUCCUCCGCUCUUUCUCCUAGCUCUUUCUUUUUCUCCUUUCCAUUCAAUUCCUUCGAUUCGUUACUGUGGUUUUGGAGCUUCUCGGGCGUAGGAAACCUGCCUUUUGACGCCUUUUCACUCAAAUGACGGCAAAUUUCGUUAGGUUGGUUUUCAAAAAAAUCGACUAGAUGUUUCCAAAGAAUUCUGCCAAUCUUUCAAAGUGUGCAAUUUCGAAGUGGAGGACGGCGUUUCGGGCCAUUUGGCAUCAAUGCUACUCAUUUGGUAGUAUCUAUGUCAUUGAAUGAUGACGGGUGGGCGGAAAGAGGCAAGACUGGGUCCGGAGGAGGCUACUUUGGUUGGAGGUGGCCCCCCUCUCGGAAAGGACAGGAUCUCUGGUCAACAUCUAGCCGAAUAUUUGAAAACGAGCCUGGAAAAGGCCCAGAAUAUUCGCCACUGCAGUGAGAAUUUUCAUAGGGGGCUUGGUGUCCUGGUUGGUCUCAUCGUCAAGCUCUGAGCUAACUUGCCAUGGGGUGGGAAGGGGUCUUCAUGUCAAUCCCUAGCGGGGGAGGGUGCUACAAAAGCGUGGUGUGGUCCGUUAGUCUCUGGAGAAUCAGUUCACUGAUCAUGUGUUUGCUUCUAGUAUGACAUGCCAAAUUCUUUAAAUGUUUGAGGCCGACUGGCCAAUGAAAGCAUUCCCCUCACCCACUUGAUCAGCUGUGGGGGGUGGCUGCAGGUCAGGGUUGGUGAUGUGGCCUUGAAUUCUCUGCUUUGGGCUUGCUUAAGUCUCAAGCUGCCUCUGUCAUGUAGAGCCUUAAAGCAGCUAGAGUGCAUGGCCGAGUUGAGAGAGUCUUUUUGAUGGACUUGAAUGUUUUCAGUGCUAGAUCAGGAACCAAGAAAAGAGUUACCUUAGAAGGCUCAUGGGUAUGAGCUGAGUUUCUUUACAAUAUUUACUUAAUUUAAGUCGUGUUAAGCUGUGUGGGCUCGAGUAGCCAGCUGGUGCGAUUUUCAUAAAUUCGGCUAGAUAUACUUGGUAGAAUUUUUUGUUUCUCAAAAGUUUCGUAAUCAGUUCGUCGUACGUUCAACCAGCCAACUGAUAUAUCUUUUUUUUACUUUUAGUCUUUCAUUUUAGGGAGGAUUUAGUGCAUUGUUCAGCACAAAGCUUACUUAUGCCAGACCUUUUAGACACAGUGCUGCUGAGAUUCCCCGCCCCCUCCCUCUGGAGCAUCACCCUACCCUAGGACAAGAGUGUGUAACGCAUUCUCCUUCCCGAACCGAGCAG